GGAGUUGCCAUCUUGGUUUCUUCUUCUUCUUCAAUCUCUAUAAUCGCACGUAUAAAUAAGUUUUGGACGCCAAGAAAAUAACAAAAUUCGCUGUUGGAAUAACAAAAUUAGCACAAAAGCACAAUGGCCGAAUUCUCAGUGGAACGCGUAGAGGACAAGCGGACGGUGAACGGACGAACGGAAUACUAUUUAAAGUGGAAGGGCUAUCCGCGCAGCGAAAACACCUGGGAGCCGGUGGAGAAUCUCGACUGUCCAGACCUCAUAGCCAACUUCGAGGAGUCGCUGAAGAACAACAAGAAGGAGACGAAGAAACGCCUGUCCACCUCCUCCACGCCCGAAUCCAUACGCAGCAAGCGCAAGAGCUUCCUGGAGGACGAUACCGAGGAGCAGAAGAAGCUGAUCGGCUUCGAGCGCGGUCUGGAGGCAUCAAAGAUACUGGGCGCCACCGACUCAUCCGGUCACCUGAUGUUCCUCAUGAAGUGGAAGGGCAGCGAUCACGCCGACCUCGUGCCCGCCAAGCUAGCCAACACUCGAUGCCCCCAGGUGGUCAUUCAGUUCUAUGAGGAGCGCCUCACCUGGCACACGGGCAGCGGCAAUGGUAAUGGUAAUACGAAUUCCGUCAAUUUGGGAUCAUCCGGUGGCCUGGGCUCCGUCGGCGGCAGUGGGGCCGGCGAUGAUACUGCUCCCGGCAGCGUUGGCACCACCGGCGGCGGUAGCAAUGUAGACGGCGGAGACGAGGAGGAUCCCGAACCGGCCAGCCCCAUUGGCAGCAUCAAUCAGGACGAGAAUAUCAAGCCGGACGAGAGUAGUGAGCUGGACAACGGACAGCCGGAUGCGGAUGACUAGUUGAGUGGCAGACACAGAUGACUGUUCCGGAUUCACCCGCUUAUGUGGAUACAUACACACCGGCUUUAUGCGAUAUAUAUGUUUCGUAGCGUAGCCCUUAAGAUAAAUGAAAUGGACAAACUGAAGUUCUGGCGGCAGUCAGCGGUAGUAUAUACUUAAUCUAUAAGUUGAAUUGUAAAAUUUUUUAAACCUCUUUACCCUUACUUUUGACCCACAUAAAUGUUUUAUAAGCACAACAUCUAGUGUUAAAUACAAUUGGCCUAACAUAUGAGAAACGACUCAGACUGAAGGACCACCUUUCUAUCUUAA